AAGUUCUAUUAUCAGUUGUUAAUAGUGAGAUGUCGAUGUCAGUUCUGUGGGUGAUACUUUGGCAGUUGGUUUUCUACCAGCUACCACCAUCGUCUCAAUAUCCAGUCACAACAAGAAAAAACCAAGAUGUUUCUUGGAUUAAAACCAAUAAAGUCCGCAUCCAAGAAAAAAACGCAACAUUUUCAACUUGUUCUUCUAGUGGUCUGCUUUUCCACCUAGUCCUAGAAGAUAAACACGUCGAAGACCACAGCACUGAAGACGAACUGGGCAGUUGCCAACACUACCAGAUUUUGUCUAUUUCUAACACCAUCUACAUUAAAAAAAACAUGGACAAAGUAGGAACGUUUCCCAAUUCUACGCUGAAAGAAGUUUUCAUCGAAAGUAAAUCAAACGACACAAUUUGGAAAUUUUUUGAAAUGUGUUCAGACGACGAUCAGGACGAACACUUGUGUAGGAUAACUUGCCCAUCAUCAGAGUCUUGGACAAAGUGUCACACGGUUAACCGCUCUGAGCUGGAUAAAGAUCGAGUUAUUGUAACGUGGUUUACGUGGAUUUUGGAAGACUUUCUACCGUUAAUAUUUACCGUAGUACCAACACUUUUCCUAGUAAUGUUUCUGUGGUGGAAUUGGAUCCAGAAGACAAAGAAAACUAGAAAAGAAGAGGAGGUCCUCAUAGUUUGAAACAGAAAUACUAUUUACAUUCUCGUAAAUAUCGUAGACAUAGGUAAAUUUUAGCUAAGAUUAAAUUUUAAAAUAGUAACAAGUAAAGAAUCUUUAACAUAUAAAGAAACUAUGUAAAAACAAGUAGAUAAUUUUAGUUUAAAACAGACGUCUGAUGACGAAUUUGUGGAUUUUAAUAAUUUUAAUAAGAUGUUAAGUUGUAAAUUUAUUUUUUAGACGAAGGUAGAAAUGUAACUGCAAGCAUCGUACGUAUACUUGCACUAAAUCUACCUUAAUUAAGUGUGAGGGGUCGUAGAAUCGAACAAUAUUCUUAAAUUGUUGAUUAUCUCCCUUACAUACAAUUCCGGUUCUGAAACAUGAACAUUGACAGAAUAAUUUUUGUAACUCCUCACAAUUUAUUCAGUCAAUGUUCACUGUUUCAGUACCAGAAUUAUAGCGUCUUGCAAAGUCUGAAAAAUGUUUCCACUCGCGUUCCUGACUCUUGAGCACUUAUUUUUCGUACUUUUUGAACUAAAUGUAAUACAUAGGGACUGUUCAAUUGUGAGUGGACGAGUCAAGGAAUUAUUCAAAUCUUUGUUAAGAUGCUGUACGUAUUCUAUACCCACGGUAUGGACGUGAACACUGCUUCUGAAAUGACGUUACACAAUGUCAUAUGUUGUAAAAAUAUACAGUAUAAAAAAACUCGUAUCCCCUUCUGUCCAACGCAGUUGCUGUUCUGGAAUUAGAUUUACAGUAACAGUAGUAACGUUGCAGCUUCAGGACACGAGUUUUACUUUAAAUGCAUAUUUUUACCAAACAUCACAAGUAGUACACAACUUUCCAUCACAAGUGAGUUACAAUACCUUGUGUAAUAGUAGGCAAAAAUUUAACAAUUGUUUCCCUACAAAUACCACGUAUACUUAUUAGCAUUCCGUUAAUAUCUCUUAAUUCUUAAAAAAAAAAUGCAUUAACGUGCUAUUCAGUUUUAAAAAGAAUGUUGAAAUUCUUAAUAGAAGUUUAUAUUAACACUAACUUGGAUUGUAGUAGUUUUGAAAAAAAAAGUUGCAAUUUGUAAAACAAAAGCUUAUUAUGUAUAUUGUUUGUUACUACACUUAAAUACACUGAUGAAAUUUGUAUUGCCUGAUGUGUAUUUAGAACGACGCAAUUGUCAAUGUGUACUUUUAUUUUUAAACGUUUGUAUUAAUUUUAAAUUAUCUAAAUAAAAUAUUAUGUAAAAAGUU